ACUGAGGUGGUACCGGUGUUCCAUGAUUUGACACGACUUGUGACAAGUGUGUCAAAAAUGGAAGACUCAAAGUUGGACAAAAAAGGUUAUUUUAUACCGCAACGCUACGUUGUUGCCGUUUUGACUAUGGUGGCACUUACUGUUGUCUACAUGAUGCGUAUUUCGGUACCAGUGUCCAGCAGACACAUGGUCGCACCCAUGAAUGCCACACGAGCGAAUUUUAGUACCUGUCCGGAGCCAUCACCAGUCGUUAAGACUUCGUACCAUAUCCAAGACAUCGUGUUCCCAUGGUCUACUCAAAAGCAGCUCAUAAUAAAACAUUGCUUCUUUGCCGGCUAUUUCAUCGGCCACUUCCCUGGUGGGAUUAUCUCUGACUUGUACGGUGGCAAGCACGUAAUGAGUGUUGCUAUCUUGGUAUCAUCUCUUAUCACUCUCCUCACACCCAUCGUGUUUAAAGCAAUCAACGGCGAGCUGAUCCUAGUCUCAAUCACAAAAGUAUUGCGAGGGAUUAGCAUUGGGAUGAUUUUCCCAAGCGCCCAUAGCAUCAUAAGUCAAUGGUGCCCAGCACGCGACCGUGGUAAAAUCACUGGCAUUAUCUUCGCAGCUACGCAAUGGUCCGUCACUAUUAAUAAUGUAGUGACCGAGCAUUUAAUCAUGACCAUGGAGAGCUGGAGCUCCAGCUACUACCUCUACGGAUCCAUGGGUGUGGUACUACUCCUAGUGUGGCUCCUUUUUGCCUCGUCACACCCAGACAAUUGCCCGUACUUGACCCAGAAAGAAUACAACUACUUGAAGGGAGAACUAGGUAAAAGACCAAGCAAAAAGUGAUUUAUUGUGGUUUUAGCCGACCAUGUCCAGUACGGCCCUAAACCGGUCCCAUGGGCACGCCUCCUCCAAAGCCUACCAUUGUGGUCGCUGGUUUUGGCCCAAGUUGGCCACACGUGGAUCUGGCAUGGGCUUGAGAGAGACCUCCCUAAGUACCUUCGGAAUGUCCUCAAGGCCGAUAUUUUGCACCGGGACCUCAUGGCCUCCAUCCCGUACGCGUUCAUGGGCCUGACGACCAUUUUCAUGGGUUACGUCUCCGACUACUUGAUCAAUCGCAACAACUCCACAAUCACAACGCUACGGAAGGCUUUAACGACGUUUGGGGCCAUGGGUCCGGGCAUUUUCAUCGUAGCUGCGGGUUACAACGGUUACGUCAGUUGUAACCGAACCACAGCUGCGAUCAUUUUCACGUUCGGGUUGUGUGUAAUGAGCUGUUACUACGCCGGGACACGGGUGAAUUGUUUCGAUUUGGCGCCGAAUUACAGUGGGAUUAUUAUGGCACUGGCUAACGGUUUUGGGGCUUUGCCAGGGAUUGUGGCUCCGGAAGUUACAGCAAUUUUCACGAAACCCGUAACACGUCCAUAAACACACCCAAUAAAUUUAUUAUAAUUUUUUUUUUUUGGUAGGCAAGUGUGUAUGGUUGGAUGUUUGUCUUCUGGAUCGAUUUGGGUGUGUUGGCGGUUACUAACAUGGUUUUUGUGUUUUUUGGGUCAGCUGAGGAACAGCCAUGGAAUCGGGCGAGUGGUGCUGAGCUCGACGAAAAUUACAGUCAAGAAAGUACGGAAGCGAAUUGAAAUGUCGUUUAUUAAAGACAAUAAAUUACAAUAAAUAGCA